AUAUGUAUUAUAUUUCCUCUGGCAAGAAAACAGGACGUCUCGAAGCGACGAGUCAGUUGCCGGUCGAAUCUUGGUACAUGCGUCAGGAAGCGUCUGUAUUGUUAGGAAAUCAUGUUCGCCAAACACAUAAAGAUCGCGCUAUUGCUGCUCUUGUACUGCAUCUUUGUGCGGUGCUAUGUCCUACCCCAAGAUGGAUUCACCCGGUUAAACGCAGGAUCGAAGAUAUCUGAGGAAAUCAAUGCUAAAGACGCUUAUUCUCAAACAUCGCAGGCAUCCAGGUUGUCGAGAUCGGCGAUACGUCGGUGGUUGGUUGAGUUUCAUCCCGACCUUUGGGUAAUUCAAGAUAACUCCAAGCUCUCGAAAAAUCAAUCGUCCAGCGACAGCGAAUCGGAAGAUAAUUUCGGGCACCCCCUAAUGUCUAUCAUCCUCUCGAUCGGCUUCUUUAAGCGCGAUAACAAAUCGGACAACGUCAAUCAAGAACAAAGUUACGCCCGAAGUGAAAUCUCUCAUGUGACUGGGAACCGACAGUCCAAGGAGAAGGUCGAUUCGAGUUUCCGUGAUUUUUUCACGCUAAGCAAGGAAGAGGCGUUCUGGAACAAGACGUAUCGGAAUAUAAAAGUUAUUUAUGGAAGCCUUGAUGGUGAAAAGAAGGAAAUGCUGGGAAAGUUAUUUGAACAGAUAGAUAAUUUAUCUGAUAUAUUGUCUGAACACUUCGAUCAGAUCAAGCAAUCUCGAAUUGUGAGAUCAGUCGAUAAUUAUCAUCAAACUGCAGAAAACAAUAGCACGCCAGAGAACGUCGUUAGGUCAAAUGAUUCAGAUGCGAAGAACCAUAUUAUGGAUUUCUAUUUCAAGGACGUUAUUAAUAUUUUGGACAAUUUGAAAAGUCCAAAAGUCAGAUUAUAUAGUCGCAAUGUGUCUUUGGAAUCUUCUGAUUAUUACACAGUACUUCAAAUUACCAGCUCGCUUGAUCAUCAAACCGUAAGUAAUAGAACGAAUUAUCAUCGAAUGGGAAAACAUGAUAGUUCAAAGGACGUCGUUGAUUCCCCUUCGGAGAAUCCAGAUAAGGAUAUAGUGACAAAAAUAUUCGAGGAUCUCGAAAAGCUCCGUCUUCUUCUUAAUGAUGACCUAAAACGCAACGCAUUAGGUAAUUACAAUAAUGUACUCAAGGUGUCACGCGUAGUCAGGUCACCCGGUAAUUAUCGUCGAAAAGUACGAAAAAGCGCCCGAAAGAAUAUCUUUCAUUUCUCGUUGAAAAAUUCAAAUAAGGACGUAGUGACAAAGAUAUUCGAGGAUCUCGAGAAGUUUCGCCUCCUUCUUAACGCUGAUCUAAAGCGCUCCGCAUUAAAUAAUAACAAUAAUGUACCCGCGGUGUCCCGCAUAGCCAGGUCACCUGAAAGUUAUUACCAAACUGUAGGAAAUAAUAGGAUUCCAGGGAAGCAAAAUAUGAUAUAUUUAUCGAGACACCUUAUUUUUGAAGUAGCUGCCAAUGUAUCUAUCCAUAUGAUUCCUGCGUUGAUUUUCGGUUGAGAUUAGAAAAAUGUGCAUCGAAAAUAAUAGCACACAGAGAAUGGCAUUAAUUCCGUGCCAUUAUUUUCCAGUCCAUUAUUUUAACAAAAAUGAUCGAGAUUUUAUAAAAGUAUAUGUUGAGUAGCCAUUAUUUGUUGGGAUGCAUGUAUCUCGAUCAUUUUCGUUAUCACGAAAUCAAUGCCAUUCUCUGCGUGCUUUAAACUAUACCAUUAUUGAUCAUUGCCCUCGGUUGAGCUCAAAAUUGGAUAGGCAGAUUUGACGUAUACGAUAUUCUGUUUCUCUGCUAUUUUUCUCCUUGCGACGAUCUAAUUCGGCGCGCCUUUCACGUCGCCUGAUAAUUAUCGUGAAACUCUGUACUUAAAAAAAGUCUAGUAAUAAUUAUCAAGCCUAGAUGAUAGAUUGCUAAAGAUUGGCAAAAUAAUUUUAAUCAAAAAAAAAUAUUUGGUUAAUAUAACCAAGUGAACGCCAGGCAAACCAUUGUUUACUAUUACGACAGUAACCAAUUGUUUGAAAAUAAUUAGAAAAAUAAAAUUAGCGUUCAGUUGGUUUUGAUGAUAUUAACCGGGUAUUUGAUUGAACCCAAGUUUAAGUUUAAUUUCACCAAGUUUAGGUUAUUAUUACUAGAUUUCUUUUCAGUAUAGGAAAUAACAGCUCGCCGGAAAUGCACAAUGCGACGCGUACAUCUACCGAAUUCUGUGAGCAUUCCACAGUAUCUUCGUCGUCCGUUUAAUUAUCAUAAAACUAUUGAAAAUAACAGCACAAUAUUAGUAAUGACAAAGUUCAUAAUAAGAAAUCAACUCUCAAAUUUAUCAUGGACUUUGGAGAAAAUAAGAUUCAAAAUGUAAAAUUAAAAAAACAAAUUAAAUUUAAAGAACCGUUUAAGUUAAAAGAUGCAGUAAUGUCGUACGAGUAUAAGCAGUUUUAAUGGAUAUUCGAGAGUAGCAUGUUGACUGCGUAAUGAGACCCUUGCAACUUAAUUAACAUUACGAUAAGUAUAGGAUUAUGACGUUAUUAGAAAUUAAUUUUAUGCUCCACUGAUAAUUGUAUUUGUAGACGCGGAUGUCUUCUUUAUACUUUCAUUUCGCGGAAUAAAAGACUGAAAUUGAUUUGUUAUUUAAUCAAAUAUGGUCGAAUUUCUAUUUUAUAGAACACUAUUUAUAUUCUUUUAUGUAAAAUAAAAUAUUGCUUGAGCGACUGUAGAUAAUGUCUUAUGUAUAUAUGGAA